UAUGUUUGAUCGAUAUUUUUACUUCUAAUUAUUAUUAUUUUGCAGUCAGAGCAGCGCAAUAGCAUUUUUCCCACACUGCGGCUCUUCAAGAACGGAAACUAUAUUACGUUUGAAUAAAUUGAUAAAGCUUUAGAUACGUGUGGCGUCGUUUGAAAAAUUAAUAUCUGUUGGCCAGUUAUCGAAAAAUAAUAAUAAUUAGGUACUUACAGUAAGUAUUUGAUCAUUAGAACGAAGUUUGAAAUUCGCCAGAUAACAUAUGACUACUAUGCCAGUGAAGCAUACGACUACUAUGAAGUAUGAAGCAUACGACUACUAUGCCAGCCAACAUCCGGACGGCAGUUUGCAUUUCUAUACGCUUCCGUUUCCGGUCUCGCAAGCUGUAAACCGCUGCUGGCGCAGUGGCGCGCUUGCUGCCUUGCAUGCUAUUUCGCAACCGAGCAGAUUUCGAAUUUUUAUUCGAUUUCGAAAGCUUCGUCAUUUCUAAAUGCUAAUAAUUCAUCGAUGAAUGUGUGAAGUUUAACUUACGUAUCUGGACCGGUUGCAAUUAUAAGAGUCCAGCACGCACUUUGUCGUGCUGUAUCGUUAUCGAAGUAGAACUAUGGAUUCACAGGCGAACGCAGCAGGAAUAUCUUCCUCCAACGAUUUACAGCUCUUCUCACCCACCUCCUCCCAGCCUUCUCGUAAUGCGGUGCAGGUGAAUUUGGUCGGUCGAGGCCAGGUGGUGAUUAAUCCGCAGCAGAGCAGCGGUUUAUCCGACGCCAAGGAUCUCGUGGCGCUGGCCCGCCAGAUCCAGACGGCCGACGACUUCACCAAAGCCAACGCCACCAGUAAACUGUCGAUUAUUGUGGAGCAGAUUAAAUUCCUGCAGCAGCAAGCCCGCAACGUGCUGGAGGAGGCCGCCCGCGAUCACAAUCUGCACCAUGUAGCGUGCAAUUUCAAGAAGGUCCCCGGGAAACUGUACUAUCUCUACCAGAAGACGGGGGAGGAUGGACGGCCGGAGCAGAGAUUAUUCUCCAUGCUGUCACCCAAGGAAUGGGGUCCAUCGUGCCCGUAUCGUUACCUGGGUGCCUACAAAUUACAACAUGAUAUGUCGUGGACACCGGAAACAAAUUUAGGAAAAGAACAAGACCUUGCUAUGAUCAAUCGCUUCCUAACACAUGCCGUUUACCAGCCAGCUGCCGACCCCUUUGCUUUCAGCAUCACGGAAGUACCAUAUGCCACGAGCGCCGUGGGCGACCAGCAUGGUGUUACCGAGCAUAUUUGAUGGUGAGCUCUGUGCCGGUGUUUGUUCUGUGAUAUUCGCUUUUUGCAUUUUAUUUUCGAUGGUAGCUUAAACGGUUUUUGACAAGAAAUGCUGAAAAAAGGAAAGGAUCAAGUUUUACUUGCAAGAUGAGCAGUGAUUCAGAGGCAUUGCGCCGAAUUAAUCAGCUACUUAAAGUCGUUAUUGA